CGCCCCGCUGCCGCCGCCGCCGCGGUCGCACCGGCCGCCCCCGGAGAGUCUGAGGAGGCGCGGGCCGCUGCAGGCUCAGGCGCCGCAGCGCGCGGGCCCAAGUCCCGGACGAGGCCCAGGGAGCCGCUCGCCCCGGCCCCGCCGCCCCAUGCCCUCAAGAUGGAGGCAGCGGGGGCGGUGGCGUGAAGAAAGCGGCGCUGUGGGCGCGGGAGUAGGGGGCCCGGCGGCCCGGGCGGCGGCGGCGGGAUGGGGCUGCUGCUUAUGAUCCUGGCGUCGGCCGUGCUGGGCUCCUUCCUCACGCUGCUCACCCAGUUCCUGCUGCUGUACCGCAGACAGCCCGAGCCGCCGCCGGACGAGGCGGCCAGCGCAGGCGACGGCUUCCGCUACACCAAGCCGGUGCCGGGCCUGCCCCUGCGGGAGUACCUCUAUGGCGGCGGCGGGACUGAGGAGCCCUCCAGCGGGGCGCCCGAGGGCGGUGCGACCCCGGCCUCUGAGACCCCCGCCCCGCCGACGCGGGAGACCUGCUACUUUCUCAACGCCACCAUCCUGUUCCUGUUCCGGGAGCUGCGGGACACCGCGCUGACUCGCCGCUGGGUCACCAAGAAGAUCAAGGUGGAGUUCGAGGAGCUGCUGCAGACCAAGACGGCAGGGCGCCUGCUGGAGGGGCUGAGCCUGCGGGACGUGUUCCUGGGCGAGACGGUGCCCUUCAUCAAGACCAUCCGGCUCGUGCGGCCCGUGGUAGCUUCGGCCACCGGGGAGCCCGACGGCCCCGAGGGGGAGGCGCUGCCCGCCUCCUGCCCGGAGGAGCUGGCCUUCGAGGCGGAGGUGGAGUACAGCGGGGGCUUCCACCUGGCCAUCGACGUGGACCUGGUCUUUGGCAAGUCCGCCUACCUGUUCGUCAAACUGUCCCGAGUGGUGGGGAGGCUGCGCUUCGUCCUCACCCGCGUGCCCUUCACCCACUGGUUCUUCUCCUUCGUGGAGGACCCGCUGAUCGACUUCGAGGUGCGCUCCCAGUUUGAAGGGCGGCCCAUGCCCCAACUCACCUCCAUCAUCGUCAACCAGCUCAAGAAAGUCAUCAAGCGCAAACACACGCUGCCGAAUUACAAGAUCAGGUUCAAGCCGUUUUUUCCAUAUCAGACCUUGCAAGAAUCUGAAGAAGAUGAAGAGUAUAUCCAUAUACACCAGUGGGCACUUGUUGAAGGACGUCUUAAAGUUACGUUGUUAGAAUGUAGCAGAUUACUCAUUUUUGGAUCCUAUGAUAGAGAAGCAAAUAUUCAUUGCACACUUGAGUUGAGCAGUGGUGUUUGGGAAGAAAAACAAAGGAGUUCUAUUAAGACGGUUGAAUUAAUAAAAGGGAAUUUACAAAGCGUUGGACUUACACUUCGUCUUGUUCAGUCAACUGAUGGAUAUGCUGGGCAUGUCAUAAUUGAAACUGUGGCCCCAAACUCACCUGCUGCAAUUGCAGAUCUUCAGCGGGGAGAUCGACUCAUUGCUAUUGGAGGUGUAAAAAUUACAUCAACACUACAGGUGUUGAAGCUUAUCAAGCAGGCUGGUGACCGAGUCUUGGUGUACUACGAAAGGCCUGUUGGCCAGAGCAAUCAAGGUACUGUUCUGCAAGAUAAUUUUGGCCAGUUGGAAGAAAACUUUUUGUCAAGCUCAUGCCAACCAAGUUAUGAAGAGGAAGCUGCAGGACUUGCAGUGGAUGGUGAAAAUAGAGACCUUGAUUCUGAAUUUGAAGAUUUGGCAAGUGAUGUCAGAGUACAAAACGAGUUCAAAGAUGAGGCACAGUCAUUAAGUCAUAGUCCCAAACGUACUCCAACAACACUUUCUAUUAAACCUCUUGGCGCUAUAUCCCCAGUUUUAAACCGUAAAUUAGUUGCAGGAAGUCACCCACUACCACCAAAAAUUCCAGCCAAAGAAGGAAAUAAACCGCCAGCCCUAAAAACUUCUGAGGUACUAGACCCAUCACAAGUGUCAAAACCCACCCAAGGAUCCACUUUCAAACCACCUGUGCCACCACGACCACAAUUAAAAGUUCCUUUGCCUUCUGCUGACGCCCCAAAUCAGACCGAACCAGACAUUCUUGUUGAAAAGCCAGAGAAGGUGCUUCUUCCUCCUCCUCCUGCAGAUAAAUCUGAGAAGCAAGCAAAAAAUGUGGAUCACAUAGAAGAUGUGACUACAUCUAAGCAGUUUAUAGCAAAGCAAGAAAUGACUAAAGAUUUUGCUUCAGAAGGCUCUUGCCCUACUAAAGACAGUUCGGAUGACCGUCAAAUGUGGGAGUCAUCAGAAAUUCUUUAUCGGAAUAAGCUAGGAAAGUGGACAAAAACCAGAGCAUCCUGUUUGUUUGAUAUAGAAGCCUGCCACAGAUACCUGAAUGUUGCACUGUGGUGCAGGGAUCCUUUCAAGUUGGGAGGUCUCAUCUGUUUGGGGCACAUUAGUUUAAAACUUGAAGAGGUGGCUUUAGGAUGCUUAGCUACAUCAAACAUGGAAUACCUUUCAAAAUUCAGACUGGAAGCCCCUGCACCUAAGGCCAUGGUCACUAGAACUGCUUUAAGGAAUCUGAGUAUGCAAAAGGGCUUCAAUGACAAAUUUUGCUAUGGUGACAUUACUAUUCACUUCAAAUAUUUGAAGGAAGGAGAACCAGACCACCAUGUAGUUACUAAUUUAGAGAAAGAAAAAGAACUCCAUUUGGUUGAAGAAGUUUCUGUCCUGCCUAAAGAGGAGCACUUUGUUGGACAGAUGGGUUCAUCAGAAAGUAAACAUAGUUUCCAGGAUACUCAGUUCCAAAACCCAACUUGGUGUGAUUACUGUAAAAAAAAAGUUUGGACAAAAGCAGCUUCCCAGUGUAUGUUCUGUGCUUAUGUUUGCCAUAAAAAAUGUCAAGAAAAGUGUCUAGCUGAGACUCCUCUUUGUGGAGCAACUGAGAGACGAAUAGACCGAACCCUGAAAAACCUUAGGCUAGAAGGACAGGAACCCCUCUUGGGCCUGGCUCCUCGUGUUGAUGCCGAAGCUAACAAGUCAGUUAAUAAAACGACAGGUUUGACAAGGCACAUUAUUAAUACAAGCUCUCGUUUGCUAAAUUUACGUCAAGUCUCUAAAACUCGCCUUUCUGAACCAGGAACUGAUCUCGUAGAACCUUCACCAAAACACACACCCAACACAUCAGACAACGAAGGCAGUGACACAGAGGUCUGUGGUCCAAACAGUCCUUCCAAACGAGGAAGCAGCACAGGAAUAAAGUUAGUGAGAAAAGAAGGUGGGCUGGAUGACAGUGUUUUUAUUGCAGUUAAAGAAAUCGGCCGUGAUCUGUACAGGGGCUUGCCUACAGAAGAGAGAAUCCAGAAGCUGGAGUUCAUGCUGGAUAAACUACAGAAUGAGAUUGAUCAGGAGUUGGAACACAAUAAUUCCCUUGUUAGAGAAGAAAAAGAGACAACUGAUACAAGGAAAAAAUCACUUCUUUCAGCUGCUUUGACUAAAUCGGGUGAAAGACUACAAGCUCUCACACUUCUUAUGAUCCACUAUAGGGCAGGCAUUGAAGAUAUUGAAACUUUAGAAAGUCUAUCAUUAGACCAGCACUCCAAAAAAAUAAGCAAGUACACAGAAGAUACAGAAGAAGACCUUGAUAGUGAAAUAAGCCAACUGAUAGACUCGCAGCCAUUCAGCAGUAUCUCAGAUGACCUAUUUGGUCCAUCCGAGUCUGUGUAACCAACAGGCUGUGUCAGCUUUCAAAUGAUUGGGGAAAAGAUGCAUCUAAAGUACCAUGGAUACAACCAUGUUUCAGUCCUCUUGUAAUGCACCUCAGCCUGCUGCUCCAGUUAUUGUAUAAGAAAGAACAGGAAUGAGUUUGUUUUCCAGUAAAAAUAUGACCAGCUCAUUAAUUGAUUGUUUUGGGCUGCAUUUAUAGCUAUGCUUUUUUGGGGUUUAUACUGGGAAUUUAUUUUUACUAAUUUAUUUUUAACUUUUUCUAAUUAUGUAAGCUAAUUUGUCACAUUUAUGUGUGUGUGGUGUCUCACUGUGUUAUUUUUCCUUCAACUUAGUUUUUGAAUUAGUGUUAAAUAGAAUAUUGUCCAGACUCUUAGUAUUUUCAUUUCCAUCACGGUUAUAACAACAGUUUUGCUGCAUGCCCAAAUUGACAACAGCAAUCUUUGAGGAAACAGGUUUUGAAUCUUUUUGUUUUGUUUUUUGUUUUGAAGUUUGUCAUCUCUACUUGCUUGAGAUUUUUGUUACUUUGGGGCUUUGGGGGGCUUUUUCUUUUGUUUUUGCCAAAUAUAACAUGGAAGCAGAUGCUAGAGUUUUAGUCUGUUAUGCUGAUUUAGUAAAAUUAUUUUUUACAUAUAUUGCUUGCUAUCUGCUUCUGAGAUUUUUGUCUAAAGCUUAUGUACAGCUGAAGUAUAGUAGAUACAUAGUGAUGAAUCUGAAGGGCUUGCAUUGAUAACCAAAAUAGGGAAUAAACAUAGAAUACAGUUGGUCAAGAAUUUUGUAGAAGAUAACAAGAUUACUGAAAAUUAGUAGCCAGUAGGGUUUUGAAAUAUUUUUCAAAAUGUCAGUUCUUUCCUUUUAAAUGGAAGUCCUAAGCAUUCAUGAUGUUUUUUUUAUCUUCAGUUCUCCUAUAGGAAAUAAAGCAUGUACAAGGAUAUUUAAAGUUUCAGAGGACUGUUGUUAAAUGACUAUUGAUAAUUGGUUUUGUUUUAAAAACAUUCUCAUGUGAGUAUAUAUUGUGAAGGAGAGGAGUUAUGCAAAGUUUAUUUAUUGCUUCAUCUAUUUUACAGGCUUAAAGGAAUGGUGAUCAUUCUGAAUAUUUCUGUAGUGUAGACUGUCAUUCUUUUUUUUUUUAGAAAGAAAAAAAAUAGACCAUAUGCAUAGGAAUUGGAACCAGUUCUCUGAAAAUGAAGAUCUUCUCUGAUACUGGUCCACUUAUUGAUGCCAGUAACACAUCUGAGGGAAAAUGUGUAAACUUGACCUCUGUUUGUAUACUUAAUAGUUUGGGCCUAUUGUAUGCCUACAAAAUAAAUAUAUAUAUUUUUCCCCUUUUUCUGAUAAGUUGGUACAUAAUCAACAUGAAUUUAAAACAAGAUGAAACAGCUUUCAUGGUGGGCAAAGAAAGGCACAGUAAGGAUUGUGACCCAGGACUCUAUACAAGAGUUUAAGUUCAAGGUCUUCCCUUAAUGAGCUGUCAGCCAUAAGCAAGUCACAGAAGGGCUCAGUGCAGCCAUUUCCCAUCUGUAAAGCUAGGAUAAUACUACUUAACUCUAAUUAAACUACCUCACAGGGUUGUUGUGAGGAAAAUAGUAGCAUAACUACAAAAGCACUUUGAACAGCAAAAAGCUAUACAGAUAGAAGAUAUUAUUUAUAUGAGAAAAACAUUUUUGAGGGUAGAAAAGUCAUUCCACUUUUAAAAUCAGUAGACUACUAAGGAAAAUAUUAAGACACUAAAUAUCUUUCUUGACCAGGUUUAUAACAAGAAUGUAUGUGAACCCCCUUUCUCAUUGUUUACGCAUGCUCGAAUUUUAAAAGAACACUGCUACAGCAGACUUUCCACACCAAAGCCCCUGAAAGCUAAAAUGUCCCACAACAUAUGCGUGAACUUGUCUGCCCAAUGUAUAAUCAUGUUUCCUAUUGUAAAAUAACUUACCAUUGCUAACCAGGAAGGUGGAGUAUCUAAGUGGUUGGUGUUUAUAGAUUAAACCAUGGGAGUUUUAGUGACAUCUAAAUAUGCCCCUGAAGCUGUUGCAUUUGAAAGAGCAAUGGAGAUAAUGCAAAACUUUGAUUUCAUAAGAAUCUACUCAUGUUUUAAAGUAUUUAACUCUUUGAAACCACAAUUAUGGAAAGCUCAGUAAUGCUGCUAAUGACAUUUGUAAAAUAUACCUUGAAUGUAGUGCAAUAUUUUUCUAUCUGCUGGAAGAAGCAGUAGAGGCAUCUCAGUUGUACUUUAGUGCAAGGGGGGAACACUCCAGACAGCCUAGAGUAUAGUAAGGUAUAAGGCUUCAGUGAAAAAGUUGUAUUAUAUUACAUUACUGAUGUAAUCUUGCUGCCAUGCUAUGUUAUCAAUAGCUAAAAAUAAUAAAUAAAUAAAUAAAGACUACCACAGAAAAAAAGAAUAUCUUCAUUUGAUGCCAUCAAAAAAAAAAAAAAAGUGAUUGCUGCAUCUAUGUGGAAUUCUUGCCUGGUAUAAUUUGGCCAUGCAGAUAAGCUACUGAAGUCCACUUUUACAAAAUGAAAUUGCAAAAACAAUUUUUUAAUUGUUGUUUUCUUAACUUGUGAAAUGUCAUAUUUAUGGAUUUGCUUCUACUAUAUAGUAAUAAUUAGACUACUAGAGUGUAUUUUCCAUAUUGGUAUUUACAUGAAUGGGUUAGAGAAAAUGGGCAACAUUUUGGCAUUAUUUUGCAAUUAUAAAAUAUAUGCUACAUUUCUUAAUAUCAGGAAACAUUCUUCAAUAUCAGAACUAGUUGAAAUAUUUUUAUGUGGAUAUUUUGUGAUUCUGAGGGAAGAAAGCAGUAUAAAAACUUUGAGGGUACUAUCAAGUUCUAAAUUUAAAUGUAUCUAGAUUUUUAAAAGGCAAUUUGAAAACAUUUGGCUCUAGUAGUAGGAUAAUGAAGAAUAAGAUUCUCGCGUCCUCAAAGUGAAUAAAUUUAAAAUCACUUUAAAUUUUUUUAAAAAUAUUGUCUUUGUUUCUAAAUUGAGAUAAUAGUGUGCCCCAAAAGAGUGGGAGAUUCCCCUCAUCCUUUUUGAGUCCCAGAUACCCUUUAAGGUCUGGUUAAAACUGUGGACCCUCAGCCCUGGAAGCUGGAUCAUGUUCACCCCAUUCAGAAUGCCCCUGAUUUCAAGGGGUUUACAAAACUUCCAGGACCCAGGGGCCUGGGUACAUUAUGCCAAAUGGCUGGAUAUUAUAGUUCUUUUUAUCAGGUACAGUUAACUUGUUCACAGCAAUCAGAAUAGUAAUGCAAGAGUAGAGGUUUGGGGAUAACUAUUUUCCACAUUGACAUAAUGUGCCUAGUUACAUAUUUUUAUUUAAAACAAAUGUGGGAAGCCAAAAAGUACACACUAACCUGGAGUGACUUUUAAUUAAGCCUGCAAGCAUAGAAGAGUUUUUAAUUAAACGUCCAUAAUCAAAAUGAUACCUAAUAUAUUUUAUUCCAACAAUAUUUGGUUUAUGAAAGAGUACAAACAGGCACAGUAUAGUGUGAUCAGGUUUAUUAAAUAGGCUAGCUAAAACAUGAUUAGGACAGAUACACAAUAGCAGUCAAAAGAAAGAUGAAUAUUCAUUACUACCUCAUUAACGUUUUUGUGUCUGUAUUAGCAAGUACAAACAUAAAAGCCAUUUCUUCAAAAAAAUAAAUGUUCAGAGAGCUCUAUGUUCUUUGUUCUGAUAUACAUGAUACAACAUCACCCGUUUUCAGUCUUGUUAAUCCAGAAUAUUAGUCAUAUAAAAUACCUUAUCAUUUUUCUCCUUAAAUACAUAUAUUUCUUUUGCUCCCCAAACAGUUCUCAAAAAUCCAUCUGUUUUAUCUUUUUCAUAGGGAUCAAUAGCAAGCAUGCCUUUGCCAGUUAUUCUUAACAGAAGCUGAAUCCUUAGAGGCAAAAAUAAAAUAGGAAUAAAUUCUAGAGUAUUCGGGCAGGGAGAACCACAAGCCCCUCUAAGAAGCAAUUUGCAGCACACUGGUUCUUUUUUGUUUGUUUUGGUUUUGCAAUGCUGGGGAUUGAACCCAGGGCCUCAAGUGUCAGGCAGGCUCGCUACCGCUGAACCACAUCCCCAGCUCCUAGUAUGUUUUUUUAAAGGCUAUUUUGUACAAGUAAAAACAAUCCUGCCUUUUUGUUUUGGCCAUCUAAGAAUUCCUCCAGAGCUAUCUUCCAAAGUAGCUGACUUGUGUAAUAGUCCACACUACUGAGUACAAAGAUUGUUUUCCUCGAACACUGCCCUUGGAAACCAAUCAUCAAAUCAUCUAAUCCCCACGGAAGAGCUUCAGAAAGCAAAAGAAGAACUAGCCACUUUCCUAGAGAAUAUGUAGUAGUCAAUAGGUUGAGAAGUCUUUGUUCUAAAGAUCUUUGCUCCUUGAUGUCCAAGUUAACACAAACACAGUUUAUUGAACCAAACUGACAUGAAGUAAUUUAUGGUUACAGAAUUGUAGAAUUAGUAUUAUUUGGGAUAUAUUCCACACUAUCUUCACAUUCCAGUCACACCUCAUAUGAAACAAUGUAAACGACAAUAUUCACUAACAGUAUUUGCUGGUACACUAAAAAGACAUAUCAAUGUUAUCAUGCUUAGAAAAUGUUUAUUACCCAGCACACAGAUGAUAUGGUAACACACACAUUUUUAUGUUUGGUUUUUCUUUUCUGCCUGGGAAAGGAGAUGUGUCCUGACCACCCUAUGAAUUUUAUCUGAUUUUCUAAUGUGGGAUUAAAUACAUAAACAAUUUCAUUCCAUUUUUGUUUAAAAUUUGUUUCCACAUUAUGUGAACAAUUUUUGGGAGUCAAAAAAUAAUAGUUUUGGACAACCAAAAAUUAAUCCCUAAAAAAAAAAAAAA